AUGAAGGAGAUCAUAUACAUCCAAGCAGGCCCUCUAGCUAAUUACACCGGCCAGCACUUCUGGAACACGCAAGAAGCCUACUUCACAUACGAUGAAGAGGAGUCCGCCUCGAAAGAAGAACCGUUAACAGAUCACGACGUCUCCUUUCGGGAAGGCCUCUCACCCUCGGCAAGUGCAAAGGGGGAGCCCACGUACUGCCCGAGACUGCUUGCUUUUGACUGGAAAGGCAACUUUGGCACGCUCCGAGCUGAUCUCUACGGAGAUGCAGGUGAAGAUAAAACUGUGACAUCGCUUUGGAAUGGCGAUGUCGUUGAGUUUCGACAGGACCCCAUACCAAGGAGUCAGUACCACAAGGAGCUUGAAAAUGAAUCUAUGGACCAUGUCGACAAUGACGUCAACUCUUCGACUCAUGUAGAAGGGAAGAGGCAAGAAAACGGGUCCUCAGAUAUUCGAUUUUGGGCCGAUUAUAGUCGAGUUUACUACCACCCGCGGUCAUUACACAAACUUCCUGAACCUGCCGAAUGGCAAGAUACAGCAGGAGACUGGAAUUACGGACAAGACCUCUUCACACAAUAUGAUCAGGACAAUGCCUUGAUUGAUGAUUCACUGCGACAUUUUAUGGAAGAAUGUGACGCCUUGCAGGGGAUUCAUGUUAUGAAUGAUACAUCAUGUUUUGGCUCAUUUACUGACUCUAUGCUUACAAUGCUCAAGGAUGACCAUCCGAAGUUGUCGUGCAUUGUCGUUCCCUUCCUUUCGGGCGAAGUGAAGAUGGACGCAUUGGAGUCGGAUGCAGCUAUGAGGGUUGUAAUCAACGACGCGCUUUAUCUUCGGAAUCUUCGAUCCUACUCGACCUUGUCUGUCCCAAUUCAGUCUCCAUCUACAUGGGCCAACGUUGGGGCCUGGAUGUCUGACCUUACAGCGGAUGUAUCGAAGCUAUACCACACUUCUGCGGUUCUCUCGAGCCACAUCGAAAGUGUCACUCUUCCUCUGAGAAUGAAGGGGGGUGCAAUCGAUCUUCGCGACUUCUGUAACUCUGUCGCCUAUCCCACGAACGUGCCGUUUGCUCACUUGAGUGGUAUUCUCCCCUUGUCAAAUCCGAUUGCAGAGUCUAUGUUUGACGAGCGUAUGCACGAUUUCUCGAGGACCACUACGCAUGAAACCUCCGCCGUAUACGCAAGGAGGGACACUACUAGAGGCUUCUCCAGAGCAGACAGGCAGCUGUACGAUGCUUGGCAGGAGAAGUCCGGUAUCCCGUUCGCGCUCUACGACAUCACCCAUGCACCAGCUCUUCCUCUCCCAACCUCCUUUCCACCUAUCAUAAACCCAUCCCUUCGUAUCCCUCCAGCAACUCCUGACAAGAAAGCUCGAGCUACCACGUACUCCACUCGCUGUCUAUCAUCUCUGUACGCCACCUCCGUCACCUCCCGUCUCUUCUCUUCCUAUGCGUCUUUCGUCGAAGACUGCGUCAAAAGGAAGAAACAAUUCAAGGAAAUUCUGGGAAUGGAGGUGGAUGAGAUCAAGGAACUGGCAAGCGAGUUGUGGAUGAUGCAUGAUGCAUAUCAUGGCGAGGACGAGAUUGAAGAUGAAGAAUUUCAAGACGUGUCAGACGAGGAAGAUUAGUAAGGCGGCCUCUUUUCAGUAUUCGCUAGUAACGUCGCGUCCGACGUGUAAACUGUAUGAUAAUCGUCCAAACGCAACAAGGUGACAACUAGACAGAUUCCGGAUGUCCUACAAUUACAAAAUGCGGGGCGUUACACACAUACAAACAGC